AUGAUCAAAAUAAGUUCAUUAAGAAGAAAGGCAGACCCUCUAUUAAUUGUUAGUAAAAGAUUACCGUCUUACAUAAAAAAGGAAAAAAUAAAAUUAACCAGAAAUAGCAACGUUAAUAAAAAAAAUGUAAAAUAUUAUCAGGUACCUCAUUUUGUUCAAGAACUUAUAAAAUUUACGAGAAAGAAUAAACUUUGGAAGGAACAAAAAAAUGAGAAUAUCAUGGACAUAAAUAAUAAUAAUGAUCAUCCAUGUUAUAACAAUAUUAUAAAUAAAAACAAAAUUCAUUAUGUUAAUAAUCUUCUUAAUGAAAUACCGAAAAAUAAAAAUCUGUUAACAUCCUAUCUAAUAUGUGAAAUAUAUGGAUGUUUAUACAAAUUGAAUUAUUUAAAGCUAGAUAUAAUAUUUCUUUUAUUUAGUAUUCUUAUAAACAAUACCAUCAAUUUUUUUAAUUUGAGUGGUUAUGUAAAUUGUAAUUUUAAAGAGCUAAUAAAUAUUACCAAAUAUAUAUAUCAUUUUCAAAAUGUAUGUAAUUCAAAUAUUCAAAAUAUUCUUCAUAAGAAACCGAAAUUGACAGAACUAAAAAUUGUUCAAAGGUAUCUUAAAGAAAAUAAUAAGGAAAUGAAAAACAAACAUGGGUGUUAUAAUUAUAUAUAUAAUUAUAUACAAAAAUAUGAUCAUAUUGAUAAUAUAGACAUUUUAAUUUAUUCCCUAAUUAAAUGUAAAAAAGAUGAAAAAGGUUAUAUAUAUGAAAAGAUAAAAAAAAAGGAUAUUAUAUUAGAUGAUGAAAAUGAUAUUACUAGUAAUAUAAGAAAUAUAUCAAAUAUGUCAAAUAUGUCAAAUAUGUCAAACAUAUCAAACAUAUCAAAUAUGUCAAAUAUGUCAAAUAUGUCAAACAUAUCAAACAUAUCAAAUAUGUCAAAUAUGUCAAACAUAUCAAAUAUAUUUCCCCCUGCUAUUACAAAUACAUCCAAUUAUAAUAACACAUUAGUAGACGAUAAUAACGAUAUGGAUCGUCUAAUAGAUUAUAUAAACUCGUUCUAUAAAUUAAAUGAUAUGUUCAAUUUUUUACUGAACAAAAUUUUGAACUAUUUCAAUGAGAAUUCAGUAAAUUUUGAUUUUCAUAAUUUAAAAUUAUUAUUUUUUUUUAUUUCAAAAUUCGAAAAAUUCGACACUAAUUUGUUAGAAAAUAUAUCGAAUAGAUUAAUUAGCGAAAUCGAAAAAAUGAAAACGAAUCCCAAAUUAUUGGAUGAUGAAGAAAAUUCAACAAAUGAUCCAUUAGAAAAAAAUAUAGUAAAUCAUUUAAAUCAUAAUAAAAUAAAAAGAUCAAAUAUGUAUAAUAAAAAAAUGAGAUAUAUAAAUACAUUUAAUAAAAUUAAUUCGAAAGAAUUUCUUAUUCUACCAUAUACUAUUGGUUUAUCUAUGAACAGAUAUUUUAAUAAUUAUCUUAUAGAAUAUAUAAAUAUCUAUAUAUUAAGUCUUAUUAAUUCUAGAGUUAAUUGUGAUAUACAAACUUUUAUAUAUACUUUGAUAGGUUACAGACAUAUCAUGGUUAACUUUUUUAUUCUAUAUAACAUUUUUCUCUUUAAAGAAAAGUGUUUUCAAAAUGAAAAUUUAUUAAAAAAAUAUAAAUUUUUCUUAAACAAAUUAAUUCAUUAUGAUAUACAAAACAUGAAUCAAAUAUCAUCCAAUAAAAUCAUAAAAAUAAAAAAUCAUAUGAUGAAUAAUAAAAUAAAAAGCGAACAAGAAAUCAACCAAAUGAAUCAUAAUAAAUAUAUAAACGUAUUAAAUUUGGAAGACACAAAACAUACUAUUAAUCAUUUAAAUUUAGAUCAAAAAAAUAUAUCUCUACAAUCAGUAAAAGAACAAGACUUACAUAAUAUAUAUUAUACAUCAUCAAAAAAUGAACUGAAAAUAAACCAAAAAAAUAUUUUUGAUUUACUAAUAAAAGAGUUUCACAUAAAUUUAGAAAAAAUAAUGUUAAUAAAUUUUGACAAGAAUUCAUUAUAUCAACAAUAUACUAGUAAAGAUAUUUAUCAUUUUUUUAUAACUUAUAAGAAAUUAUUUCAGAAGGUAUAUAAUUAUUCCAUAUUCUUAUUAGAUAAACAUAAUAUUAAUGAUAUGCUUACAAUAUAUCAACAUAUCAAAGCACAUUCAUUAAAUGACAUAAUAAUAAACCAUAUCUUUAUAGAAACACUUUAUAAUAAAAUAAUUUUAAAUUCGGUUCCAAAAAAAAAUUAA